AUGAGAAUUCUGCAGAAGCUGAAGCUGCUGGUGGUACAGUGCGCUGCAGCCAGAAGCAGCACCGGCAGCGACGUCCGCUCCUUUAACAUCCGGCAACGAUGGAGGCCGGCGAAGAAGCUCUACGUCUUCUCCAAGUUUCGUCGGCUGCUCCGCCGAGGGGUUUGCUCCGAAGAUGAGCAGCCGAGCUUGGAGGAGAGCAAGGGGAUGAUGAAACAGAGGCUACUGGAUCUGUUUGCUUCCUCGCAGUCGGUGGAAGACGAAGGCGGCAGCAGCAACAGCAGCGGUGGCGACGACGGGCGGGCAGUGGAAGCGCUCACGGCCCGCCGUGGUGGCAGAGCUUGGAGGUUUAGGUCGGCGGCGGGUCUCCGGUGCCGGUUGCUGCGGAGGGCUUGGCGACCUGUGCUGGUUGCUAUUCCGGAGAGUGACUGA